AUGCUGGUGGUCCUGCAUGAACCAGCGCCAAACACGACUUCAACGGAGCUAAAUACGCCGCCUUGGACAAGUGAGCAUACCUAUGCAGUACAGGCUCACUGAAUAUCAGGAUCGACGACGAAGUGGCCUGAUAUAUCCCUGAAUCCAUUCGGACAUUGGGACGGCUAUAGGUCUUAGUCUCGCAUCGCUGGAGACUUCACAGGAAAGGCAAACUUUAGACGUGUAGGAGGGUAGUCCUGAUGACGUUACUCUUUGUAACGAAGACAUGAACCGUCUUCACCAGCCAAGGCGAAAGCGGGACCUAUUCCUCCUCAGCUUUCUCCACGAAAUAGAAAAGUUGAGGUGACGGUACACGAUUCAGGAUACGGAUGCCCUUGAACGAACGGGAGUACCCAAAAUGCACGUCCUGCUAAGGUAACGGUAACUGCACAGCAGCGGCUACGUCGCGAGGAUGGAUGACAAGCAUUUGCCCAACCGGCUCUUUUAGGACGACGAUAUCACGGGUGUUUAUCAACAAGGCGGGCAAAAAGACGCUACAAGGACACCCUACAGGCCUCCCUUAUAUUUACAAAUCAGUCCGAAAACCUGUGAUGCUCUCGCGUAGGAUCGACAGACUUGGAAAGGAAUAUUAAAGCCUGGGGGAGCAGUUUAUGAGAUCAAUUGCAUUCCUGUUGUCAAAGCCAAAAUGGCGACUCAUAAGACACAGAUGCUGCGAACCCUCGACUUCAGCACUCCAUCACUCUGAACGCGUCCCAUUGUCACCGGACAUUUUUCGUCGGACCGACCUAGUUGGACAUCUUAGGACACAAUGCCGUAACAGCACGACCCCUCCCCCUACUACCUCUUCAGAUACCUCCGCUGUCAUCUCUGCCGCAAAAUCUACAAGGUCCACAAUGGCCAUCGCCGACACACGCAACCCCCUCUGUCACACAUGCCACAAUUCCCGAAACGAUAUUGACGACUAUCAUCUGUCAAACUGCUGUCAUUGGUGGGAACACUUUGAAAGCUCUACCAGCCACUGCCUUCAUCCUCGACGCCAUUGCCCCGACUAUCAGAUAUAAGGACUUGAUCCGAACCUGAUCUCACUGCGAUCGCAUCUCCACAUCAAGCAUAUGCAUGGUCGGUGUCUCGCGAAUCCGUUGCACUGAGACCGGUAAGCUGAUGUCAGAAGCCCCAACAUACAUCCUCCGUAUCCACCUCAAAAGUCUGCACUACCCGCGCAAAUUCAGUCACCGCAUGGGUCUACUUGGCCACAUGCACUGCAGAUCAAAUUCCAUAAACACACAUACCCUCCCCCAAACUAUAUACCACACACGAAUCCGUCCCACAUCACCCACGGAAUUAGCACCUCUGAAGAAGAUGGGAAGUGCGUUAUUCGGAUACUUCUCCGUGUAGCCGUACAGUAGAGUUAUGCAUCUAGGAUCAGAGCAGUCCAUCCCUUUGUGUAAAAGCCUGGCGUUUUGUGUGCGGGUCGGGUUCUGCGUUGCACCAGAAUAUAAUCUUUUCAGAUGUCAGCGGUUGUGCUGACUUUAGAAUCAAGUGGUUUGCCGGCUCGUAUAUUCAACUGUUGCGCGGGAGGUGGGAGACAGACGGAGGUUAACUCUGUGGAUUCCAUUCCCAGCGCAUAUCUCGUUAUAACAAAUCUGACCCACUUGAGACUAUUAUGACACGCUAAAUAUCAUAGAUCGGGAGGUUGCCGACUAACUUCACAGCACAAACUUUGUAGUUAGUCCUGACUGGGAGAUCAUGAGCCAGGGUUAACGGCUCCUUCCUUCUAUGCCCCGGCAGGUUCUGACGCAGUGCUAGAUGAGAGCGAGCACCCAGUUUGUGUAAAAACCUGGUGGGUCAUAUUGACGCUAUGUAACAUGUGGCACGAGCAAACGAACUAUCUAUAUCUGUAAGUUACUACUGCCACACUCAGUUUAUAUCAGUACAUAUAAGGGAGGAAGGCGGAGACUCGGGAAGUUACCUUGCACAUAUAUGGAUGGAAAUAAUGCACACAUUCGCAUAACAGUUAUGUUAAGUCUUAGCAUUAGGUGUCUGACCGGCUCAGACAGUGGACUGAUACCAAAGAGAGAAGAGGGGUGAAGUCGAGUCGGGGGAUCGCACCUCCACAGCGAUACACAUACGUCUCACUGUAAACAAUCUGACGCGCUUUUUAGCUAUCACGUUGCGCCAAAAGCCGUGACUUGGAAGGCUGUCAACUGAGGGGCUAAGUCAGUCUUCAAACACAAGGAAUCGAACCGAAUUGGUCUCUUCUGAAUGUGGCUUAUAUGACACUCCAAUUCCUUUGGAAUAUGGGCCUCCCUUUCUGUUAUUUGCACGAAAGCCUGAUCCAUCCUGCGUGGACCAGGCAUAUUUGCCACGCGCAGACGGAAUCUUCAGUUCCGUCGAUUACAGUGUCCGAUCCCGUCUUCAAUGUUGAUGAUUUUGCCGCAACAUCGGGCCCAGGUUGGGGAGGAAGGUAUAUGUCGAUAAGCUUGUCAUCAGUAUAGACUAAUUUAUGCAAAAGUCACAGUCCCUACGCCCGCCAUUUUGUAGGGCACUCGGUGGACAUCGUUGGUAAUGGCUGCCUAAAUACCAUAUACAGUUGUUAUUCUGUCACACCUCGAAUGCUAUCACCUUGGACCUCCCACAGACACCUUAAAAGUCUGGGUCAAUGUAAAGGAUAAAAAGUUCCUAAUUUCCGCGUCCAGGGAAACAAAUGGUGUGGAACAUAACUUCUUUUCUCCCACCGUGACCAAAUUUACGAUUUUUGAGGGCCGCCUACAAAUAUUUCGGCCGACAGACGGGUCUUUUGCAGAGUGAGAUUACUGAAGAAUUCCCCCUAGUCCCUACACGCAGAUUAUGCAGCAAAUGUCUUAAUUCCGUGCGGAGUUGUAGGCCGCCUACCGUAUACCGUGCUAAUAUGGAACUCAGCCUUUCCCACCUAAGUCUGCAUCCCACGGUCACCAACCGUACGCUAUCUACCUGCUUUUACGCAGCGGUUACAUGGGUAAACGCAACUUAAUUUUUGCAGAACUAACCGCUCCUUCAUGUUCGUUUUCACUGAUUUUCUCGCGAACUGCGAGUUCUGUCACUUUUUAACUCCAGCUAAUUCCGUUGUCUGAUUAUCCUGUAGUUUGACGUUCUUGGACUGGUGUAGGUUGUCCGUCUGCCUGAUGUCAUAGCGACAACUGCUGUGUUUAAUCGAAAUGAGCAUUCUAGUGCUUGGUCCGGACUUCGUAGCCAUCCAACUUUGGUAAAAAAAGGCGAUAUUGACAUGUGAGUGCUACUUAUUUGCUGAUAAACAAUAUUCAUCCACCGUCGACUGGCCGGAAACAGAACUGGUCGACUCUCUGUCGACUGUAGGCAUUCAUAAUCUGAUCGUCAAAAACAUAGAGAAUAAUAAUAUGAGUAGAAUACUAAAAAGAUAUAAUUCAAAACUUCAACUCUUCAUCCGAUCCAUGCGCAGACUCCGUCCCAUAAAAGUACGGAUUCCUGCCUUCCCGAACUUAAUGAUGAAUUCUCAGACUAUAGUUCCGUGCGCCCCCUGCCGCCAGGAGGCUGUGAAGGUUUAAAAUUUCAGCGGAGGGCUGGGAGACUUGGCAGAAUUUUGGUAUGAGGAGGUUUAUAAGCAAUACAGUUAACAGAGCAAACCACGAAAUGCAUAAUUUUGCCUGGUUGGCAAAGUCGGAUUAAGUAAAUACAUCCUGUAGUCUAACUCGUUUCAACAGACGCCAUACCUUAGAUCACAUAAAAAACAGGAUAUAUAAUCAUUUCACAUUGCCUUUAUUUUUUUGGCUUGCGUAUCGAAGUGUAACUGAAUAGGACGCUUGUUUGAAUCGGCCCGGUCCCUUUCGGUAGCCAUUCCUCAAGAAACGACAACAGUGAGUCUGAUCAUGUCCGUUUGGUCAACGUUCGAUGCCUUCGCACCGCUUUGUAGGGUCAAAACAUGGCUGACGAAAAUGAGCUCUUGGAUUAUGAUGACGAGGAACAGGAGACUGUACAGGAACCGAAACCAAAUGGCGAACUACAAGCCAAGAAAGGCGUUCAGGGCGCCUACGUUACGAUACAUAGCUCUGGAUUCCGCGACUUCAUACUGAAGCCGGAGGUUCUUCGCGCCAUCGUCGACUGCGGCUUCGAGGGCCCCUCAGAGGUGCAACACGAAUGCAUCCCACAGGCGAUUCUGUCCAUGGAUGUCCUGUGCCAGGCCAAGUCGGGCAUGGGGAAAACUGCUGUGUUUGUCAUUGCGACACUCCAGCAAUUAGACGCUGAAGAAGAACCUGUAGUGCGUGUCAUAGUGUUGUGUCACACCCGAGAACUUGCCUUCCAAAUUAGCAAGGAAUAUGAACGUUUCUCAAAAUAUAUGCCUAAAAUAAAGGUAGUUGUCCGAAUUCAUCGCUAUAUUUUCUAAGGUUGGCGUGUUCUUUGGAGGAAUGCCGAUCCGCAAGGACAUUGAGACCCUCGCCAAAGGCGUCCACAUCGUGGUUGGUACUCCUGGUCGAAUCCUGGACCUUGUCCGCAAUAAGGCCCUCAAACUAAACAACGUCAAACACUUCAUAAUUGAUGAGUGCGACAAAAUGUUAGAUACUCUCGGUACGCAUAGUUUACUACCGUUUAUCUUUACUUAGAUAUGCGUCGUGACGUACAGGAGAUCUUCCGAAUGACGCCGCAUCAAAAGCAAGUCAUGAUGUUCAGUGCAACAAUGAGCAAAGAAAUUCGACCUGUUUGCCGAAGCUUCAUGCAAGACGUACGUUGAUGGAAGGGCGGUGGAUUUAAUAACACCACCCCGACAAGAUAGUGCCCACUAGUCCAGCCCUACUGUUCCUCCCGACUGUAACCAAGCCAUAAGUUGUCCGACAUCACAGUCAACUGUUCUACAAGCGCCACUCGGCACAAUUCCAAGUGCGUCUUUUCGGGAUCCAAAAACCAUCGUUGGUCGUUGCCGGAGGGUGAACGAGGAUGGUGUGCAGCCGUCGUCGAGGCCUUCCCUGACCGGCAGUGUUAAGCGUAUCUCACGCGAGUAGCUACGUAGGGUCCGGAGGCGUUCCCUGGACUAUGGCACUCCUGUUUUCAGGUCUUCAUAAUCCAUCUUUUCCAUUGUAGCCCCUGGAGAUUUUCAUCGACACUGAAUCCAAGUUGACCCUCCAUGGUCUCCGACAGCACUAUGUCAAAGUUAAGGAGAAUGAGAAGAACAGGAAACUCUUCGAGCUGUUGGAUGAACUGCAGUUCAACCAGGUUUGUAUGAUGUUUGCUAUGCUAAUACUGAUGUGGUGCCUUCACGCACAUGUGAGUUGAACUGUUAUCUGACAUGUUUCUGUAAGUCUUUUUAUCGAUCUUCUAGGUUAUCAUUUUCGUCAAAUCUGUCCAGCGUUGCAUGGCGCUUGCCCAAUUGCUCGUCGAGCAAAAUUUCCCUGCCAUCGCAAUGCACCGGGCAAUGACCCAGGAAGAACGCCUGAAACGAUAUCAGGCUUUUAAAAACUUCCAGUCUCGCAUACUUGUGGCAACAAACCUGUUUGGUCGCGGAAUGGACAUUGAGCGCGUAAACAUCGUCUUCAACUACGACAUGCCAGAGGAUUCCGAUACAUACCUGCAUAGGGUUUGAGACGUCCUAAUCCUAAUCGAGCUGAAAUUUAGGUUGCCAGAGCAGGGCGUUUCGGAACCAAAGGCCUGGCUAUUACAUUUAUCUCGGAUGAACAUGACGCCAGCAUACUGAAUGAUGUUCAAAACCGCUUCGAGGUGAACAUUAGUGAGCUGCCAGACGUGAUGGAGAUAUCAAGUUACAUGGAGGACCGCUAA